UCCUGGUCGCCUUGCCUAAAAAAACUAAUCUCCUGGUCGCCGGUUCGUCGCCGCCGCCGCCGCCACCGGCUCUUCCUCACACUCUUGCGGAUCCUCGCGCCCACGCUACGUCGGCGACCAGUCCCUGCUAGCCCCCCACCCGAGCCUGCUUCGCCGCCCCUCGUCUCCAAUCCACCUCCGCCGGUGAUGGGGACCGAGCAGCCGUCGGAGAAGAAGAAGCCGCCGCCGCCGGAGAAGAAGGCGCCGCUGCCCAAGGUGGUCACGCUCAACAAGGCGCUCAAGCUGGCCCAGACAUGGGUGGACAGGAUGAGUGCGCUGGAGCCGGAUGAACUGAACGAUAAGGAUUUCGAGGGUCGGCCUUCAGGGCUUGGUCUUGGUGCGAGAGUGGCGCCUAAUGCGAAGCGGGCAGCUCCCACUGAUCCGGUGGAGAGGAGGUUGCUUGGAAAGGUGAAUGCGCAGAAGAGGAAGUCAGCGGAGGAGGAGAAAGCAAACACUCAGGAGAUGAAUGAGGCGAGCGACGAUGAUAGCGGUGAGCCUCAAGGUAGAACCAGUGCUUGUAGCAAGAAGAGGCAAUUGCCUUCUGUUACUUCAAUGCCAUCAGGGAAGAAGGCCAAAUGACAAUUUGUAUGAAUGAAAUACAUGGUUGAUGUUCUAGUCACAAUUUUGCAAGCACACAGGCUGAUUCUAUUAGCAUCUACUGCUUAGUGCUUUCACCCUACAAUUUUGCAAGCACCUGGGCUUACACCAUACCAUGUACUGCUUACACCGUGCAGAUUUGAUACCCUUUUUCUGUUAUAUCACCGUCAUGGCGUGGCAAAAACUCGUGUUUCUGUGAUCGCAUAUAAACAAAGUGUGCUUGCUUGAUGGCAAAUAAGCAAUUUCCUCUA